AUGGAUAAUCGCGACGGCCAUGAUUGUGCUCGCGGAGAAGAGGAUGUGGAGAAUGAUGGGGAAAGAGAUUGGCCGUACGAAAGGAGGGACAGCCAUGCGUCGUCGUUUUGGGAGCGAGAGGGCGCCGUGAGAGAGCCGCUGCUGAGCUCCAGAAGCAGAGUCAACGCCACUUCUCAGAUCGCCAUUGUUGGUUCCAAGGUUUAUCCUAUCGAGAGCCUCGAUUACGAGAUACUUGAAAAUGAACUCAUUAAGCAGGACUGGAGAUCUCGGAAAAAGAUCGAGAUUUUUCAGUAUAUAUUUCUCAAAUGGACACUGGUUCUUCUCAUCGGACUACUCACGGGCCUUGUUGGCUUCCUCAAUAAUCUGGGGGUUGAAAACAUUGCUGGUUUCAAGCUUUUGAUUACGAGCAAUUUGAUGCUAAAGGAUAAGUUCUUUGCGGCAUUUGUAGCUUUUGCUGGCAUGAAUCUGAUACUCGCAAUUUGUGCUGCUGCACUUUGUGCGUUCAUUGCCCCAGCAGCAGCUGGGUCUGGCAUACCUGAGGUGAAGGCCUACCUUAAUGGUGUGGAUGCUCAUUCCAUUUUGGCUCCCAGUACCCUAUUUGUAAAGAUUUUUGGUUCCGUUUUUGGAGUUUCUGCUGGAUUUGUAGUUGGUAAGGAAGGACCCAUGGUGCAUACUGGUGCAUGUAUAGCAAAUUUACUCGGACAGGGUGGCUCUCGCAAGUACCAUUUGACAUGGAAAUGGCUCAGAUACUUUAAAAAUGACCGAGACCGUAGGGAUUUGAUUACAUGUGGAGCCGCUGCUGGUGUGGCCGCUGCUUUCCGUGCUCCAGUUGGUGGUGUACUUUUCGCACUUGAAGAAGCAGCCUCAUGGUGGCGGAGUGCGCUUCUUUGGAGGGCCUUCUUCACCACUGCUGUUGUGGCAGUGGUUUUAAGAUCCUUCAUUAGCUUUUGCCGAAGUGGGAAAUGCGGACUCUUCGGCCAGGGAGGUUUGAUCAUGUUCGACGUGAACUCCACUGUCCCCGCCUAUAACUCAACUGACCUGCUCGCGGUCAUAGUCAUUGGGGUCCUCGGUGGCCUUUUCGGCUGCCUCUACAAUUAUCUCGUUGACAAGGUCCUCAGGACUUAUAGCUUCAUCAACGAGAGAGGUCGGGGAUUCAAGAUUUGCCUCGUGAUCGUUAUAUCCCUCCUGACAUCCUGCUGCGCAUACGGCCUCCCGUGGCUGGCCCCCUGCACCCCUUGCCCAGCCAACCUGGCUGGGGAGCAGUGCCCCACGAUGGGCCGCUCAGGCAACUACAAAAACUUUCAGUGCCCCCCUGGCCACUACAAUGACCUUGCCUCCCUCCUUCUCAACACCAACGACGACGCUAUCCGCAACCUCCUCAGCUCCAGCAACCGAAACGAGUUCCAAAUCUCGACCCUCCUCACCUUCUUCAUCGCCGUCUUCUCCCUCGGCAUCGUCACCUACGGCAUUGCCAUCCCGUCUGGCCUAUUCAUCCCAGUCAUCUUAGCUGGUGCCUCCUACGGGCGCCUGGCUGGCCGCCUUGUGGGCCCUGUCUCCAGCCUCGACUCUGGCCUCUUUGCCCUCCUCGGGGCCGCCUCCUUCCUUGGCGGCACCAUGCGCAUGACAGUCUCCCUGUGCGUCAUCCUCCUCGAGCUCACAAACGACCUCCUCAUGCUCCCCCUCAUGAUGCUCGUCCUUUUGAUUUCAAAAACGGUGGCCGACAGUUUCAACAAGGGUGUUUAUGACCAGAUUGUCAAGAUGAAGGGGCUUCCGUACAUGGAGGCCCACGCUGAGCCAUACAUGCGACACCUGGCUGCUGGGGAUGUCUGUGCGGGCCCGCUCAUCACUUUUGCGGGAGUCGAGCGGGUCGGGACCAUUGUGCACGCACUGCGGAUGACGGGGCACAAUGGGUUUCCGGUGGUGGAAGAGCCCCCCUUCUCAGAUGCACCUGAGUUGUGCGGGCUUGUUCUGAGGGCCCACCUUCUAGUUUUACUGAACAGGAAGAAGUUCACUAAGAACAAAGUGCUGUCAGGGUCGGAGCUGCUGAGGGUGUUCCAUGCUUUCGACUUUGCAAAGGCCGGGUCGGGAAAGGGGCUCAAGAUUGAGGAUUUGGAUUUGAGCGAGGAGGAGAUGGAGAUGUACGUGGAUCUUCACCCAAUCACAAACACGUCCCCUUACAUGGUGGUGGAGACCAUGUCUCUCGCCAAAGCUGCACUACUCUUCCGAGAACUUGGGCUCAGGCAUUUGUGUGUCGUCCCGAAAAAAAAUGGGCGGCCCCCGGUUGCUGGAAUCUUGACAAGGCACGAUUUCAUGCCCGAGCAUGUUUUGGGACUCUACCCACACCUCAAGCACCACGAGUAG